UUCACUUCAUUCAGCUGCUCUCAGCGCGGAGGAACGUCGCCGUGUUUUUGCGCUUCUUCUCGGAGACGCAGCUGCGCUUUUUAUGCGCAACCUGGCGCAACACGUGCGGAGUUUAGAGGAAGGAAUCCGGAAUAUUUCAGCUCAUCCUGGGGAUUCCCUCUGCUCCUCCUCCUCCUCUUCAUCAUCGGCCCAGACCCUGUUGACGUUUCCAUGGAAACCCUGGCCUCCAUUUGGGCCCGUGACCCCGGUGACCUCCAUGACCUCGCAGAGAAGCGACACGAGCCGUCGGCAGCCUUGGAAUCUCAGUGUAGCUUCUAUGGAUCUCCUCCUGCUGGUCUGAUGUGGAUGGAGCAGAUUUCACCUCAUCUGCAGAGAAACAAACAGCUGCAGGACGCUCUGCUGCAGAGGGAGGAGGAACUGGUCAGACUGCAGGAGGAGAACAACAAGCUCAGAGAGUUCCUCAACUCCUCCUUUGUGAGAAACCUGGAACAAAAGGCCAAGAAACUGACCGCCGAGGGAAGAAGGACGCUGAAGAGGAACCUCAACAAUGAAACCUUCAACCAUCAGCAGCUUAGCAAGAGAGUCUGCAGGAACCUCACGGCCGAGUUCUGCUCCGAGUCGUCCACCCUCUCAGAACCAAACCUGGAUCUGUGGGUGCUACGAACGCUGGGACUGAAGGACCGAGACACCAUCGACACGUCCAACGAGUCCUCGUCCGACUGCAGCCUCAGAGGCUUAGUUUACGAUGCUGCCUUCAUGUCUUUGUCGUCUCCUGAAGACAACCUCAGCUCAUCAUUCGGUUCUCCGGUGGCUUCAUCGACCCCGUCAUCUGUCCACAGCUUCUGCCAAAGAUCUACUCAUGAUUACAGGUUCAAAGAACACCAACCAGACUGUGGUAAUCCUGCUGAGUCCAAUCAGAACUGCACCAGAUCAGCUGACGUCACUGCCGACAGACCGACCGAACAUCUCGAGAUGAUUAGGAGCUGUAACACCUCCACUGCCUUUGAGAUCCACUCCAUCGCUGCCACAAGUCGAGUCCAAACUCUGGACUCAGAAAAGCCUCCUCUGUUCUGGUCUCACAGCCGGACACCAUUACAGGACUCAGUCCAGUUCAGCCCUCCAGCAGGAAGAGUCCACUUCCCCCAGAUGUCGACCUCCAACCAGCCUUGGACACCUGGCGGCCAAACUCCUGCCGAGUCCAGUCAGAACUGCACCAGAUCAGCUGACGUCACUGCCGACAGACCGACCGAACAUCUCGAGGCGACCAGGAGCUGUAACACCUCCACUACCUUUGAGAUCGGCUCCAUCGCCGCCGCUAGUCGAGUCCAAACUCUGGACUCUCAGGACUCAGUCCAGUUCAGCCCUCCAGCAGGAAGAGUCCACUUCCCCCAGAUGUUGACCUCCAACCAGCCGUGGACGCCCGGCAGCCCCAUGAGUCCGUCUGCGGUACCUCGGUCUCCUGCAGCGCCGCCGACACCUUGUGGUCGCUCAGAUUUGGCAUUCAGCAUGUUGCUCAGCCCGUCCAGUAGCGUCAAGACCCACAGCUUUCCCCAGGGCCAGGCCUUCGUCAGGAAGGAUACCGGAGGGCGGUGGAACUUCACGUGGGUGCCCAAUCAAUGACCGUAGCAUCGUAGUUUAGGGCUACAAAUCCACGUUGGAUCUUUUGUUGGUUUGUUAAGACUUUCGUAACACAAAGAGUCUCACUUACGACCACAAAGACAGACUUUACUGUGACAAUUUAAUGGGAAAACUUCAGUAACGUGCCUUUUAUAGUCCUCAUCAGUAAGGAUCCUGUUGAGAUUUUUUUUUAAAAUUGUGUUACAUUUCAUUCACUCGACUAGUCUGAACAAAAAAUGCAAAAAAAGAUGAGACUAACCAGCCAAACUGCGAACCUUUUUAUAGUUCAAUUAUAGUCUAAGUCUAGCACUAAACAUUAACAGGACUGCCUAAAAUGUCGUCUGUAUGACAAGAUCUUUAUUUAUGGUGUGCAAACUGUGUACAAGUCAAGUUGCCACAACUCUCUAUGCUGCUUUCAAUGACUUCAGAGUCUUUUGCAAGUGGUUUUAAUGUUUUGGCUCAUCUGUGUCUAUUAAACAUGAAGAAAAAUUGCGCCGCAACGCAAAAAAACUGCCUCAGAAACAACAACAAAUUAGAUGUUUAGCAGGUUGUUAACACAAUUAUAGGCACUGGGACUAAAACAAAGGCUAACAAUCAGUUUAAAAGUAACGUUAAAGCUGCCACUGACUGGUUUACUGGAUUGUUGGCUGUAACUGAAGAGCUGAAUUUAAUAAAAAUGUCACUGCCACUGCUGAUAAAGCAGUUUUUAGAACAAAAAACAGUUUCAGUUACCCAACAAAAUAAUAUUGAAAGCAAGCAACCAUUACACAAUGCUAAUCCUCAAAUCCAAAUUGAAAAGGCGUAGUUGUGAUUGUUAUUUUGACUGUUCCAGAGGUGUCCUUUUUUUGUUUGUGUGGCUCAAAGCCUCGUAGGGAUUUAGCUAGCAACGGACCACCAUGACAGAGACCUCUGUGGCGGUUAAUGACCUUCAAACAGAGAGUUACAAAAUUUGUUGUAAGUUGCACAAACGCAUCUUUGGAUGAACUUAACAUUUUAAACUGAGAUUAAAUAGUCCUGAAAUAGUGAUCCAACUUGACAUCCAGCUGCCAUUUUAACUGAAAGCAAAGCACUUUUUCGACAACUUUAAACACUAUAAAGUCACAAAAACGUGCAUUUAACGCAUUUAGAAUCAUUUUACAUGUGAUAAACUUACAUAUUUUAAUCAGUGGUUUUCAUCUUGUCUUGUGGAAACCAUUUAUUUAGAGAAAACAGAGGAAACCCUGGGAAUGCUAAAUCAGUUUACACUGUAUGUCGGCAAUAAAAUGUGAAAUGUGUUUUGGGGAAUGUACCACAACGAAUGAAAAUUGCUGAAUUUCAUCUGAUUUCUCUUUAAAAACUCAACACAAAAGCUAUAAAUGACAUGUUCAACGGCCCAAAACCUCACAAAGGGAAGGUUAAAAUGUGACGUUAACUGGAAAAUAAUGUUUUAAAAGCUGUAUAUUGCAUAAAAACAUGCCUGAAUACAUAUGGAUAUGUGAGGGUUUUUUUCUACGUGUGAUUAAUUUGUGAAGAUGUUUUGAUUAAACGGGAACAUAUCACAAACAGAUUAAAUGUUUACAUGUGUAAGAAUUAA